CGGCGGCGGCGGAGGCGGCGGCGGCGGAGGUGGGCACAUCGAGGCAGACCAAGAGCUCUGUGCCAAAUCAUUGCCGCUUGCCACAUGAGUCUAGAUCAUGACGGAUGCCGAGUAUGUCCUCUGCCGAUGGGAAAGCCGGUUAUGGCCUGCAAAGGUUUUGGCCAGAACUGAGAUGUCAACAAAAAAUAAGAGGAAAAAGGAAUUCCUUCUAACUGUUCAAAUACUCUCCCUAGACAAAAAAAUCAAGGUGAAAAGUGCAGAAGCCCAGACUCUGGAGCAGUCUCACAUCGAAGACAUUGCCUCGUCCUUAGGCUCACCGAACCAGGUUCCCACUGAACCCCUGGAGGAGCUGGUCUACAGACGGUCGCUUCGCGUGGGUCUGGAUGUUCUGAACAACAGCACCGGGCCAUGUCAAGAAAGCUCGUCGCGGGAAGGAAGAACUGCCCUGUCUCCACGAGAGAAGCCCAUGGAGCGGGCCUCUUCUGGCCCCUGUGACCCCAGCGCUUCACCUCCUUCCCCCCAAGAUGUGUCUGAUGGAGCCGAGGGGAAGGCACGUGUGCACCAAAGGCUGUUGGGUUCACUCAUCUGUGAAAAAGACCCCAAGUGCAAAGCAGAUCAACAGCAGGGGCUCGGGAAGAGUGAAAGUCCGCGAGGCCUGGUGGUCUCAUCUGCUGGGGGUCCUCAAGAGGGCAGUGGAUCAAAGACACACCGCAAAAGUCGGACAACCCCUAGCAAAGGGGGAAGAGUUUCGGCCCAGGAGCCGCAUGCGUGCCAGAAUGCACCUUCAUCUUCAGAGGGAGGCCGCAGGGGAGCGAACGAGGAGGAGGCUGGCGGUCCGGCCUCCCCCAGCUCACCUUCCAAAGUCAGGGAGGGGGGCGUGUGGGCCAGAGGGCCAGACCCAGGCCAGCCUGCGGGUAGCCCCACUGUGCUCCCGGCCUCCAGGCACCUGGCCUGCCCCGACACCCAAGGCCGCCCUGCCAAGCGGCGGUGCCCAGACGGCAGCCAGAGGCCUCCUGUUGAGCUGGAGCCAGGGACAGCACCAUCCCCCAAGCGGGGGCCCAGGCGACUCACAACUCUGAAACUUGGCCUGCCCACUCUGCAUGUGCCCGCAGAGGAAACAAGCUAUCGUGCCCAGGAGGAAGCAGGCUGUCCGCGUUCUGAAGAGUCCAUGGAGUUCGGGUCCAUUGAUUCUACCCUGGAGGAAGAUGAGGAAGACGAGGAGCCGCCCAGAAUCCUCCUGUACCCUGAACCACGUUCCUUUGAGGUCGGAAUGCUGGUCUGGCUCAAGCACCAGAAAUACCCCUUCUGGCCAGCCGUGGUCAAGAGUGUCAGGCGCCGGGACAGGAAAGCAAGCGUUUUGUUCAUCGAGGGACACAUGGACCCGAAGGGCCGGGGCAUCACCGUGCCUCUCCGGAGGCUGAAGCACUUCGACUGUAAGGAGAAGCAGGCGCUCCUGAAGGAAGCCAAGGAGGGCUUUGACCAGGCCAUCGGCUGGUGCGUCUCCCUGAUCACUGACUACAGGGUCCGGCUUGGCUGUGGUUCUUUCUCCGGCUCCUUCCUGGAAUACUACGCGGCUGAUAUAAGCUAUCCCGUCCGCAAGUCCAUCCAGCAGGACGUCCUAGGGACCAGGUUCCCUCAGCUGAGCGCAGGGGGCCUUCGGGAGCCUGUGGCGGGGGUUCCCCAGGGCAGGAGACAUCCCCCCAGGAAAGUCCUCCCCGACCGGUCCCGGGCCGCCCGGGACCGGGCCAACCAGAAGCUGGUGGAGUACAUCGUGAAGGCCCGGGGCGCGGAGCGCCACCUGCAGGCCAUCUUGAAGAACAGGAAGCCGUCGAGGUGGCUGAAGAUGUUCCUGAAUUCAGGCCAGUACGUGACCUGCGUGGAGACGUACCUGGAGGACGAGGAGCAGCUGGACCUGGUGGUGGAGUACUUGCAAAGGGUCUACCAGGAGGCGGGCAGCAGGGCCCCGGUGGGCGUCAGCAGCGACCGGAUCCGGUUCAUCCUCGACGUCCUUCUGCCUGAAGCUAUCAUCUGUGCUAUUUCUGCAGUUGAUGCAGUGGAUUAUAAGACUGCUGAGGAGAAGUACAUCCGAGGACCUUCGCUCGGCUACCGGGAAAAAGAAAUAUUUGACAACCAGCUCCUGGAAGAAAGGGGUCAGCACUGCUGAGGCCAGCGGAGGCACCCGGCAGACGGCGAGCCAGUGAGUGCCGCCUGGGAGGUGGGCUUACCUCCGAGCCGCCUGUGGGUUCUCUUUCCCGGUUCUUCCUGGAAGCUACAGUUGCUGCUGGGAGGUUUUAGAAAGGAUAAAGAUGAAUAGUAUUUUGCUUUCUAUCAUUACAGCGACUGAUUUAACAAAAGGUACAUGUUUGUUUUUUAUGUUAAAAAGCAUUGUAUCCAGUAUUAAACAGGAGUUUUAAAGCGAGUGUGACCUGCA